UCAGCUCAGCCGCCCCAGGUCACUGAGUGGCAGGCAAAAUCCUCCUACAACAUGUCCAGCACGGUGACAGUGACACUGCAGGAGAGUGACAUCAGCUCAGAACUCAUCUGCAAGGUGUGGCACCGCACACUGACGACUCCACUGCAGGGGACAUACAAACUCAGCAGAGCUCUGCGAGUUUCCCCCAGUGUCAAUGUGCGCGCUGACCAGUCGAGCCCCAUUGAGCUGAACAAGACUGUGAACUUCACCUGUCAUGUGAGGAGGUUUUACCCGGCAAACGUGUCAGUCACCUGGCUGGAGAAUGAGAUGCAGAUAAAGGUGGAGAAUGUCUCACAGCCAUCGGAGAUCCACGGGGGCUUGUUCGAGCUGAGAAGCCAAGUGGAAGUGCAAGCGACGGUGGAUAAGAAUGGGUCUGUGUUCACCUGCCUGGUGGUGGACGAUGCCUCGUCCUCUGUCCGCAACUCAACCAUCCUGCGGAUCGCCGACCCAGCCCAGGAAGGACCGAGCGACUGGUCCCAGAUGGAUAAUG